AAUGUACUUGAAGCCCAGCAAACAGACGGAGACCGCAGUCUGUUUUUUUUUUAAAGAUCCUUCGAUUUCACGAUCUUAAAGUCAUAUGAUUCACAGCAAAUAUAGCAACAAAUAUUUCAAUGCGUAUUUUCCAAAGCCACGAAACGUGCAUUGAGUUUGGAGCGAUAUCUGAAGUGAAGAUUGAAGACGUGAUAGAAGAUGGACGACUACUGCUAUGCUAAGAUGGCGACGUCAUGUCAAAGAGAAAGUGAAAGACAAUCAGAAACUUUCAGCAAAUCACCAACGGAGAUAAAGACGGAAGAUGAAGACGUCCAGACGCUGAUGGGUAAUCCAGAAGAAGUUUCCCCUCAGUCAGGGGGGAGCUCCACUUUGAAGCAGGAGACUCCACAACCACCCUGCAUUAAAAAGGAAGAGGAGGAACUCUGCAUCACUCAGGAGGGAGAGUGUCUUCUAGGACGAGAGGAAGCUGAUUACACCAAGUUUCCACUGACUGUUGUCUCUGUGAAGACUGAAGAUGAUGAAGAGAAACCACAAGUAGACAACCUCUUAGCUCCACUAUCAGAUAGUGAGGCUGAAGACGAGGUUGAAGAACCUUUGAGCAGCGAUACAGACUGUGAAGGUGAUAUGAGGACUCACAUUGACAACAAACACACUGAAUGCUCUUCAAAGAAGAGAGGUAAAACAUGUUUUAGCUGCUCGGUUUGUGCUAAAAGUUUUAUUAAAAAGGGCCAUUUGACUCGACACAUGAGAACACACUCAGGUGAAAAACCAUUCAGUUGUUCUCUUUGUGGCAAAAGGUUUUCCAGAAAUUGUGGUUUGACUGAACACAUGAGAACACACACAGGUGAAAAACCAUUUAGUUGUUCAGUUUGUGGGAAAAGCGUUUCUGUGGAGAGAAAUUUGAUUGAACACAUGAGAACGCACACAGGUGAAAAACCAUACAAGUGUUCAGUUUGUGGCAAAAGCUUUUCUAUUAAGAGCAUAUUGACUCGGCACAUGAGAACACACACUGGAGAAGUACCGCAUAGUUGUUCAGUGUGUGGCAAAAUAUUUUCUCGAAAUUUUCUCUUGACUCGACACAUGAGAACACACACAGGUAAAAAACCAUUUAGUUGUUCAGUUUGUGGCAAAAGUAUUUCUCAAAAUAGCCAUGUGACUCAACACAUGAGAACACACACAGGUGAAAAACCAUUUAGUUGUUCAGUGUGCUGUAAAAGGUUCACACAUAAAGCAGCCGCAGUAAAACACAUGAGAACACACAAGGGAGACUACUGCUAUGCUAAGAUGGUGACGUCAUGUCAAAGAGAAAGUGAAAGAGAAUCAGCGCCACCAACGGAGAACAAUCUGAAAAGCGAAAAUGAAGACGUCCAGCAGCUGAUGGGUAAUCCAGAAGAAGUUUCCCCUCAGUCAGGGGGGAGCUCCACUUUGAAGCAGGAGGCUCCACAACCACCCUGCAUUAAAAAGGAAGAGGAGGAACUCUGCAUCACUCAGGAGGGAGAGUGUCUUCUAGGACGAGAGGAAGCUGAUUACACCAAGUUUCCACUGACUGUUGUCUCUGUGAAGACUGAAGAUGAUGAAGAGAAACCACAAGUAGACAACCUCUUAGCUCCACUAUCAGAUAGUGAGGCUGAAGAUGAAGUUGAAGAACCUUUGAGCAGCGAUAAAGACUGUGAAGGUGAUAUGAGGACUCACACUGACAACAAAAACUCUGAAUGCUCUUCAGAAAAGAGAGCUAAAACAUGUUUUAGCUGUUCAGUUUGUGGUGAAUGUUUUAUUAAAAAAAGCCAUUUGACUCGACACAUGAGAACACACAAAGGUGAAAAACCAUUCAGUUGUUCAGUUUGUGGCAAAAGCUUUUCUGGUAAGAGGAAUUUGACUCAACACAUGAGAACCCACACAGGUGAAAAACCAUUUAAAUGUUCAGUUUGUGGCAAAAGCUUUUCUGUACAGAGAAAUUUGAUUGAACACAUGAGAACACACACAGGUGAAAAACCAUUUAAGUGUUCAGUUUGUGGCACAAGAUUUUCUGUUAAGAGAAAUUUGACUCAACACAUGAGAACACACACAGGUGAAAAACCAUUUAGUUGUUCAGUUUGUGGCAAAAGCUUUUCUGUUGAGAGAAAUUUGGUUGAACACAUGAGAACUCACACAGGUGAAAAACCAUUUAGUUGUUCAGUUUGUGGCAAAAGCUUUUCUGUUAAGAACAUGUUGACUCGACACAUGAGAACACACACAGGUGAAAAACCAUUUAGUUGUCCAGUUUGUGGCAAAAGCUUUUCUCAAAAUAGCCAUGUGACUCAACACAUGAGAACGCACACACAGUUGUUCAGUGUGCUGUAAAAGGUUCACACAUAAAGCAGACGAGGUGAAACACAUAAGAACACACAAGGGAAAAUAAGCAAUUAACUGUUUAGUUUGUGGUAUGUUGCUCAUAUGUGGCGACAUCCACCCUACCCAGGACAAAUAUCUGAUAUAUUCAUACAAACUUGCUUUCAUCAUCAUCAGCCAUUGUCAGUCCACUGCUGGACGAAAGCGUCAGCAUGUUUCUGCCAUUUGGCGUACAUUUCAUGCUGGUUAUUAGCCUACACCUUGCACGCUGGCUUGGUGUGGGUUGGAAGGGGUAUUUUAUAUCAGAGAUCCUUCUCCUAGACUAAUUGUCUUGCUGGGCUGUUGAACUUAGUCUGUCCUGUUGGUUGCCCGCGCCCCAUUUACCCAGGGACCCGCUCAGCUUUAUGGCGCUGACCGCCCGCCAGUCAUUUAGUUUGGUCCUUAAUCUUAUCCACUCAUGACCCCAUGUCUUCUCUGUAUCUGAAACCUUCCUGAACAGUAAGAUAGAUGAUGCUUCAAGUGCUUGGUUACUCCUUCUUCAGUCCAGGGACCUGGGGCCUCAUGUGUCAAGUUUUUGCACGCUCAAAAACCUGCACUACACCCUUUUUCAUGGCCAAGUUGAGAUGUAUCAAAACUGAUGUUGUGAUGCUGGGUAACUCUUUGCAUAACCAAGAGUCAACGUUUACUCCUUGGACUGAUUGAUGUUCAAAUCAGAGACAUGUGAACAAUUAACCCCCCCCAACCCCCACCUUACUCAACAUUCGGGCAUAACAGGUUCAAUCCGGCCUGAGAUAUGAGUUUGUGAAGUGUAAAAUUCAGCUUCAUUGUUUAAAAAAAGACUCCUUGUUCUAAAUGUGUCCACUGGAUGUCACAAUAGCAAUUCUGUUAGGCAAGCAAAUAGUUUAUACCGGGGCGAGCAAGUAUACCAAGCAAAAGGUACACGGUAAAGCGUGGCUGUGACUCCUCCCCCUCCAGCCAACGUAAAAGAGGAGUAAAAUAAUCAAUCAGUAACCCCACUUCAAAUGCAGCAUGAGACACUGCACACUGAUAUAGUUCUGUGAAAAUGAUUGUCUUCUGUGCAAAUGUAAAGAAAGUGAACAGUGUGUGAUUUACUGCAAUACUGUCACUCUUUCUACUUUUUAUUUGUGCUUUGUUGAAAUUGUUCACACAUUGCACUGCUUUUAUUUUUCUGUCAAUACACAUUAUGUCUAGAAGACAGGAAGUAACUCAACACUCUUGAAUAGUUUCUACCUCAGUGUGUAUGGUUUGUUGAGUUAGCACAGGAUUAAUAUGUGGAAAUGACAAAUGAGGUAGUUGAUACAUAGAAUAGUUUUUAUUCAUGCUUUUUUUAGUUUUUUGUUCAAUCCUAGAUGGGUUGUGACUUAAAGUUUAAUUGCUUUGUAGAAACACUAAGAUUAAGUCUAAGUCCAUUGUGUUCUUCAAGGUGAUUUUGAAAAUGCACAAUUUUUUUCCCUUUGAAUUUUUAACUAACUGGAAGUGUUUUGUCAAGAGGAUUAUUUGUGAUAUGUACAUUUUCAGAAAAUGCUUGUUUUAUUUUAGGCUGAAGUAAAAUAAAGAAAACAAUCUGAA